UAUGAAUAGUCAAAGUUUAGGUAUCCUGAGGGAACAAGACAUUGGGUGUUAGCAUCUUUAAACAAAAAGUGGAGAGACUAUAAAAGUGAACUAAGAUGCGAAUAUUUUUCAGAAGAUAAAUCUAUUCAAGAGUUAGUUAAUAACGUGCCACUUGGUGUGAUCCGAGAUCAGUGGACUAGCCUAAUAGCGCAUUGGUGCACGGAGGAUAGCAAGAAACUUUGUGAAGUGAAUUCUGCAUCUGCAAAAAAGGUAAAGAUGGCCCACACAUCCGGUAGAAAGAGUUAUGCAAGAAAACGAAAGGAAAUGGAAAUUGCUCUUGGCAAAGAGCCUGAUCGUCUAACUUUUUGGGAGGUGACCCAUAAGAAAAAGAAUGGAAAUUUCGUAAAUGUGGAUGCGGAGAAUAGUUUGAAUACAGCGCGUCGGAAAUUUGUUGAACUUUCUCAAGGUUCUGAAUCUGAUACAAGCAAGCUAAUAGAUGAGGCUUUUCUUGAUGCCAUGGGUCCUGAACAUAAUGGACGUGUGAAAGGGUUAGGCUUGGGACCUACGUUGAGAUCAUAUUAUGGUGUGAAACAUAUGAAUUUGCCCACAGGAGAAUCAAGUGAGAGGCAAUCAGGGGAGGUAGAAAGGCUCAAGGGGGAGUUAGAACAUAUGAAAAAUAAAAUGGAUACAUUAAUGGAUACAUUUACCUCGGAAAUGGAUCGCAUAAAAGCACUAUUAUCAGAUAGAGUUCUGAAUUCUCAGGUUGCGGGUGGCAAUAUUAAUCCCGUUGAUGCAUUCUCUCCAAACCAUCAUCAAUCAUCGAAUGCAAGUUAUCAAGUUAGAAGUGAAGAAAAUCAUCACACUAUUUGAAAUCUUAUCAAGUAUUGAAAACUCAAAUGUUGACUAUGUUUAAUACUAUUUAAACUUUGUUCUAUUUUGUGUUGCUGCUAGUAUGGGAUAAUUUUGAAUGACAAUAUUGUGUUUUGAAUCAUAUGUUCGAGAAUUUGGUUGUUGUUUGUUGUGUUGCUACUAUUGGAUAUAUGUUGAAUGACAAUAUUGUGUUUUGGUUCA